CUGCAUGAAUAAUAUAUUUAUUGUGCAGAUGAAAUAGAUUAGACUGUGCUGUGUGUUCAGAGUUCAAAAGCAGAUAGAUAUAUGAGCAUCGUGAGCAAAGUGUACUGAACACGACAGACUGUGAUCGCUGGCAGAACAUUCAUCAUGCUAUUGUCUAGUUUGUCAUUAGUGUUAUACAGACACCGAAAUCUGAUCUACACACUGAUACUGAGAGCUAAAACGCUGAAGGUUUUUGUUUGAAUGUGAUUUCAUAGCAGUAACUCCUUCUGAAAGUUAUUGAGACAGGCUAACAUUAUUGUAGUGUAUAUAACUACAGAGAUAGAUGCGAGUUAGAAAGUUCACACUGGAUAAUGAUGCAUGAAAGAGAUUAUAACAGAAUGGAAAUAAGUGAUCUAGGGAAUUUGUUUCUUAUAGCAUUAAUACUAAAAGAAACUGAAGAGAUUUUUUUUUUAAUUCAUCAGAAAGAGGAGAGAAACAAGCUAGUACAGGAUAAAAACAGACUUCUUGAGAAUGUUUAUAGCUAAUACUAUUUGAUAAAAUACAGAGAACAUUACAGAAUAUAACAAUGCAUUUUUAUAAUCUCAACAAUCUUACUUUGCAUUUUUUCAGAUCCUCCUCUAAAUGAAGACAUCUAUGUUUAUCAGACUGACAGAAAUUGGACAGAAGAUGAGAGAGUGGAAAUGGAGAAAUCUCUACUGACUGAAUAUAAAAUAGAUGAAAAAAUUAUUUAUCGUGAAUUUAAAACAAACAUCAGGAAACUGGAAAAAAAAUGAAGAAGAGCUAAAAAACAUUGAGCUGGAACUGUCUAAAUCACUGGAACAUAAAGAACAACAGACAAAAAACAAACAUCUUGAAGAGAAAGAGAGUAUUCUAACUGAGAGAGAGAGAGACAGCUAAUGGAAAGAGACAAACAGCUUCAGGAGAAAUGCACACUUCUAGAGGGGAAAAUAAAGCAGAGCAGGAACAGACCGAUCCACAAUCAUCAGCUCCCAUCAGAAGAAGAAACAGCAAGGAAGGGUUACCUCCAAUAAUGAGCAGAGAGACUCAGGACUCAGCAGCACCAAUCAGGAGAAGAAACAGUAUGGAGGGAAGAUGCCUAAAAUUGGUUGGAGAAUCGUCUAGUCCACAUUCUCCAGUGUCUCUUCCUGUAGCCGAACUGAGGCUGGUGCUGCUGGGAAGGACUGGGUCUGGGAAGAGUGUAUCAGGAGACACCAUCCUGGGCAGAGAGGAGAGGAACCAGCCUGCUACAUCUACAGCUACAUCUAUAUCCACCCAGCAGAGUGGGAGCAUACAGGGGGAGGUGGCUGGGAGGAAGGUGUCUGUGGUGGACACACCUGACUGGUUCUCUCCUGGUCUCUCUCUGGAGAAGCUGAGACAGGACGUGGGACUCUGUGUCCGUCUGUCUGCUCCAGGACCACACGCCUUCCUCCUGGUCAUACCUGUAAAGCAGCCUACAGGAGAGGAGAUAGGGACGCUGGAGAAAAUGGAGGAGAUUUUUGGGGAGAGAUGUUGGAGAAACACCAUGAUCAUAUUUAGUGUUACUGAUGAACUUCAGAAAAAGAACAUUGAGGAGUUUAUCCAAUCAGGAGACCAGGAGGUCCAGAGACUUGUAGAGAAAUGCGGGAACAGGUUUCACUGUCUCAACAUUAAGGAGAGUGGAUAUGGUUCUCAGGUCUCAGAGCUGCUGGAGAAGAUAGAGAAGAUGGUGGAAGGAAGCAGAGAGAAAUUCUACAGCAGUGAGAUUUACCUGGAGACAGAAUCUCAGAUUAGAGCAAUGGAGACAAAGAUCCUGAAGGAAAGAGAAUAGAAAAGAAUGAGAGCGGAGAUGGACAUGAAGAAAAAAAAUAGAAAAGGAGGUGCAGGAUUCUCUGAGAAAGAUAGAGGGAGUGAUCCAGGAGCAUGAAGGAGACAUCAGACAACUUAAUGACCGAACAACUGAACUGGAGAGAAAGAUGAAAGAAGAGAAGGAUGAGGAAAUAAAGAGAGAACUUUGGAGGGAGCUGAAACGAGAGGUAGACAGAAGGACAGAGAUGGAAGAAAAGGUGAAGAAACUAAAAGAAAAGAGAGA